AUGUCUGCUCUUUCGGCGGGGGCUGCGGCUCGAGAUGGCAGCACUGCUCUCAGCAUAGAGAGAGACGCUUUCAACAAAACUCCCAUCGCGCAGUUCCAAAUUACUGAUUCGAGGGGAAAGCGCACUGAAAGUAAGUUAUCAGUUCGCAUCGCUGUCGCUUUCAAUUUCGCAAACCGUUCUGAUUCCUAUUUAGCUAUUAUCAUGUAUCCUACAGACGAAUUGCUGGUAGGAAGAGCAGUUGAGGAUGUAUUAGAAGGCCGCAUCCCGUACGUUGAAGGAUCCUCUCGUCCUCAGUUGAUCACGUUUCUAAUAAUUUUUCUAGGAACUACACCCUACCCCCAAAACAUCUCUCAAAGCCCCAGUCUCACAUUCUGUAUGUUCAAUACUCCUCGCGUCUCAACUGAAUCACAUUCCUAAUAAGUUUAACAGCAAGUGGUCCAUACCAGAUAUCCAUGUCUCCAAGCUUCACUUUCGCAUAUAUUCCGUCAUCUACAAUACUGAAUUGGACUCUGAAAUAGCCCCAUUGUUUUAUUGCGAAGAUCUUAAUUCUUCCAAUGGAACGUAUGUCAAUGGAAACAAUAUUGCUAUACAAUGCCGAGAGUCCAUGGGCUGGCUCAUAAAGGAUGGUGACAUAAUCAACAUUCGGCCCUAUUGGCAAUUUACCUUUUCUCAGUACAAUGCCACACGCACGGAAGAUACAGUUGUACUUGAAAAGGAGAAGGAGGACAUGGAGGUAAUAUAUGAUCUGCUUCGCUCAAGGCAGUACGCUUAUCUUUGGCUAGUGGUUCCAGAAGCAGUUUGUCGUUUCCGAGCGUGUCCUUGGCAAAGGAUGUUAUGCGCCAGUUUACUUGGCAGAAGAUAUUCAAGAGAGGAAGCAGUUAGCUUGCAAAAUUGUGAGAAGUUUCAAAACGGACCCUGAGACUCCUGACGAGGGAAGUCAUUUGGAAAGCCAGAUAUCUGAAAAAGAGCGAGAGAAAGCUAUGCGUGAGAUCAAGAUUCUUGCAAACUUGAGCCAUGUAAGUGACUGUCUUUCUUUACGCCAAGCUAUAUUGGGUUCUAACGAUUGUUAGCCGCAUAUUAUCAAUAUUACCAAAGCCUUUUACUCUUCUACCAAAAUGUAUGUACUCUUUCCAGGUCUGGGCUAGAGGUUUUAAUGAUCAAGUAGGUACAUUUUUAUGGAGCUCGCGAGUGGAGGUGACCUCUACUCCUAUUUGUGCGCCAAUGGUAUGCGCCUUAUAGAUAUACACGCCAGAGUGAUUGCAUUACAAAUUGUUUUAGCAAUCGAGUACCUGCAUUCCAAAGGGAUAGCACAUAGAGACAUCAAGCCAGAAAAUAUUCUUGUUACCAAUACGGAGUUUGGAGGACGUGUCGUGUUGACGGACUUUGGUUUUGCAGUACAUCUAGAACAAGACGCGGGCAAGCGCAAAACUGGUCGUAUGAUGUCCAACGUAGGAACAGUUGGCUACCAAGCACCGUAAGUUUACACCAUAAACACUUCAUCCCCUCCAAACUAAUCCAGAUAGGGAGGUUGGGCUAGACAGAGGCUAUACUAUGGCGGCAGAUUUGUGGUCGCUAGGUGUUCUUACGGCUUGCAUUCUUACCGGUUUCCAAGAAGAGCUAUCGGAUCUUAGCCAAGUCGAAAUUAACGCCAAAAUCGACAGCGACUUCACAGAAGGCGAGGAGAUCGAGCUGACAGUGACAGCUAAGAGAUUUUUGCGAGAGAUAUUGAUUCUCGCACCGGAGGAACGGCUGUCAGCCACGGAAGCACGAAAUCACGCAUGGUUCAGAAAGCCUAGGGCUGAGGCUGCCAAAAUGGAAGAACGGUAUCACAAGAUCAUUAGGUUCUGGAAGGAGCGCAAUGAUCCGAAGGUUCUUGAGAGACUACCUGAGCCUGAACCAGAACCAGAAUCUGAACCUGAACCUGAACCCCAGGUUGCAGCACGAAAUGGACUUAAGUCUCGCAGAAAGUUUCCCGACGCAUCUGCAAAUCAAUAUUUUGGUUUGGAACGUCAUCUACAAACUCAAGAGGCACCUGGAGGAAGGUUGGCGCUCUUAGAAAAGAUCAACAGCUCGGGAACGUAUUUCUUGCCGCACGAGGAGACGCAAAGCAAAUUCUUCGCCAAAGAAAAGAGGGUUAGUGGUAAAGAUAUCUUUGGAAUGCAAGUUGGCAGAUAUAAGGAAGCUAUGGCUCAGAAGACAAUUGAGGCCAAGACAUCUGAGACGCAGGUAUUCGAUUUGAGCCAGAAAGAAAGUCGGCAAGACACCUAUCAGAGUUGUCACCUACAUGAAGAUUAUACUCGGAGACUAGAUGAUGAAGAAGAUACGAGUAUGGUGGACUGCUUUGAUUCGACGGAGUAUGUAUGUGAGGAAAUGAAGGAACGAUCUAGGCUUUGA